AUGUCGAACUACACCAUUCACACCGGGGUCUGGGUGAACCAUGACACGUCACCAAUUCUAGGCGCAACCCUCACCGUCUCCAUCAGAUGGGGCAACUACAUCAUCGCCGCCUUGUCGUCCCUCGUCGCCUGGGCAGGCUCGAGGGCCUGGUCGCUGAUGACUUAUUACAGUCAUCAGCGUCUAGCAGCAAAGCAGGAUAAAGAUGUCCUGGAUCAGCAAUUGCAGAUACACUUCCGCGCGGGAGCUUCAUUCUACGACUCCUGGACAGACGGCGUCGGUCUCCAGCGAGCCUGGAGUGGCCGGAUCGAGCGGGUCAAGAGACGGACACUCCCCGUGAUCCUGAUGGCCAGCGUGUUCUUCCUCGCAUUUGCCGCGGCUGGGGUCUUCGUCGCCGAGGUUGCCACCAAGAGCUAUCAAGAUGUUCUGGUGCUGGCAGCGCCUAAUGAUUGUGGCGACCUUGUUUUUCAAAAGAAUGCUGAUCUGAGUAACGGGGUCUUGGAUGUUACGUCUCGGUAUCAGAACGAGCUGGAAUUCGAGGCACGUAACUAUGCGCGCGACAUCUACUAUGGAUCUCGCACGCGUGAGACCGUGUUUUCUCGGCCUCAGCUGCCGUUUCUGGGAAGUGAGGUUCCUUGCCCCUAUACCAACGGCACCACUUGCCUCGGUCCCAACGCAACACACGGACCGGCCUGGAACGUGGAUUCGGGUCCACUCGACUCCCACGUUCACUUUGGCAUCAACGCCCCGCCGCACGAUCGCAUCAUAUUUAGAGAGAGUGCCACCUGCGCCGUGGUUGAUCCCACGAACCUCACCACAGCCCCUUACUGGAGGAUAGAGAAGUUCAACAACCAUGAACUCAACAUGACUUACAUCGGCAUUCUGCAAGAGUUCGGCCCUGAUCUUGGUGGAGAUUCGAAUUUGGGCUUUGAGAUUGGGGCCAAUCUGAUGUUUGAGCGGACUGGAUUCUUCUCCCAACGAGGGAUCACUAUGGCUAACGAGGCUGACCCGACCAAAGCACUGGUUGCGCCCCCAUUCAACAACACCGAGGCCGACAUGGUCAUGAUCACAACAACCCAGAGCCGCAUGUUCUACUACGCCCCCGUCGACGACCCGUACUUUCUCGCCCACGAGGCGGCAACGGGUGAUGAGUAUGCGAUAAACCUCAACGCGACUGUCUACUACGCGACCAACCCGUUCAGCUUGAUGGUUUGCAGCGAUCAGGCGCAGAUCUGCAACCCCAACAAUGGCCAAUGCAGCAAACCUUCGGGGUUUUAUAGGCUGAACGACGAAGUGUCCAACAACGUCAUGGGGCUGAACAAAGCCCAGCUCGCUACGGCGAUGCGGUUCGUGUGGAACCGCAUAUAUGUUUCGGGACUUGUUAGCAAUGUAGCGCGAGGGACAAUAGGUCUCCUUGUCGCCGAGGAGAACGGAGUCCGCAGCGGUAAUUCGGUCCCGCCCACACAGUGGACAAAGGAAGUCGACCUCUGGUUUGCCUCGGGCCUCGCGUCCCUCCAGCAGAGCCUCCUGGAGUGGGUCGCCAAGCCCUGGCCGUCCGGUCACCCCGAAGCGCGCUACCCGAUCGUCAACAUGACGGCCCUCAGCACCGCCUACACGGUACAGGGCCUUGGGGCCCAGAAGGAAAGUCUCUGCCGCAACCAGCUGAUUCGCUCCAGCGCGGCGGUCCAGAACUUCAGCGUCCUUGCCCUCGUCAUCGUGGUCGCCCUGUCGCUCACCAUUAUCGUUGCCGCCGUCGCUGUCCCGCUCUGUGUCGACCUCUCCAGGGCCCGCACGAGGAGGAGGGCCGAGGCGGGGAUGGGAGCCAACCUCUCCGCCCGAGCCGAGGCAGGCCGCGUCGCCCGCCUCGCCGACGACAAGUAUAGCCUCCUAGCCAUGGCGCUGCAGGGUGCCGGCGUGCGCGGGUGGGUGCGCGGUGACGCCGACAUACCCGUCACGGAGGGCCGCGUGCCCGUAUCGCCGCCGCGCGAGACGCGCGGCGUGGCAUCGUAUCCGGCCGCAUACGAGUCGCCCAGCGCCGACUGCAAGGAGAGGCCCGGAUCCGUGGGCGGGGAGUCAGAUCCGAAGGCUGCGAGCGAAGCCGCGUGGGAUGUGGCGUCGAACGUCAGUGAGAAGGGAGGAGGUGGGAGAUGGGACGACAUUGAGCUGGAAAAGGGGUCGCCUCCCAAGUUGAGGAAGCGUGAAACUGAGCGAACGUUGGUGGGAAGUCCGGUGCAAGGGGAGUUUCCGGGCGAGGACACUAUAGAGAAGGUGAUAAAGGAAGCGGAAUAG